UCGCCGUUUCCCAAGAUGGCCGCGGCGCGAGCGGCUCCUGCGGCGGGCUAGAGGCAGAGGCGGAGGCGGAGCCGAGUCACUCCCGCAGUUCGGGGCCCUUGUCCCCCGGCCAGGCUGCAACUUACUGCUUGCCGCUGCCGUGCGGGGUUUCGCGCACGGAUGAGAGAAGCAGCCGCCGCCGCGCUGGUCCCCCCUCCCGCCUUCGCCGUCACUCCUGCUGCCGCCAUGGAGAAGCCGCCGCCGCCGCCGCCGCCGCCGGAGCCCGAGGCCGAACCCGAACCCGAAUCGGAACCCGAGCCCAAGCCGGAAUGCUGCCUGGCGGCGAGGCAAGAGUGCAAGUUGGAAGAUACAGCUUGCAAAACUCCUGAAUCUGAUCCAGAGGAUUUUUUAGAUGAAUCAAAUACCGAAAAUCUUUACAGCACCUCUCCCCCCAGCACACCUCGCCAGAUGAAGCGUUUGUCAACCAAACACCAGAGGAAUAAUGCGGGGAGGCCUUCCACUCGUGCGAAUUUGAAAGAAAAAAUGAAUGCACCAAAUCAGCCCCAACAUAAAGACACUGGAAAAGCAAUGGAGAAUGUGGAAGAAUACAGCUAUAAGCAUGAGAAAAAGGCUCGGGCGACUCUUAGAACAACAGAGCGAGAUCAUAAAAAAAAUGUUCAGUGCUCAUUCAUGUUGGACUCAGUGGGCGGGCCUUUGCCAAAAAAAUCAAUUCCAGAUGUGGAUCUCAAUAAACCUUACCUCAGCCUUGGCUGUAGCAGCGCUAAGCUUCCGGUAUCUGUGCCCAUGCCUAUAGCCAGAACUGCACGCCAGACUUCUAGGACUGACUGUCCAGCAGAUCGUUUAAAGUUUUUUGAAACAUUACGACUUUUGCUAAAACUUACCUCAGUCUCAAAGAAGAAGGACAGAGAGCAAAGAGGACAAGAAAAUACAUCUGCUUUCUGGUUUAACCGAUCCAAUGAACUGAUCUGGUUAGAGCUACAAGCUUGGCAUGCAGGACGGAGCAUUAAUGACCAGGACCUCUUUUUAUAUACAGCCCGCCAAGCCAUCCCAGAUAUUAUCAAUGAAAUUCUUACUUUUAAAGUUAAUUAUGGGAGCUUUUCUUUUGUCAGAAAUGGAGCUAGUUUUAAUGGUACUUCAAUAGAAGGUCAGUGCAAAGCCCCCCAUAGAGCAAAGAUUGUGGGUUACUCAACAUAUCACGAUCAUCUCCAACGCCAGCGGGUCUCAUUUGAGCAGGUAAAACGGAUAAUGGAGCUGCUAGAGUACAUAGAAGCACUUUAUCCAUCGUUGCAGGCUCUUCAGAAGGACUAUGAAAAAUAUGCUGCAAAAGACUUCCAGGACAGGGUGCAGGCACUCUGCUUGUGGUUAAACAUCACAAAAGACUUAAAUCAGAAAUUAAGGAUUAUGGGCACUGUUUUGGGCAUCAAAAAUUUAUCAGACAUUGGCUGGCCAGUGUUUGAAAUCCCUUCUCCUCGACCAUCCAAAGGCAAUGAACCAGAAGAUGAGGGAGAUGACACAGAAGGAGAAUUAAAAGAGUUGGAAAGUAGUAUGGAUGAAAGUGAAGAAGAGCAAAUCUCUGAUCUGAGUGUACAAAAGAUCAGACAGCCCACUGAGAACAGUUUUGACAUUCAGUCACGGGACUAUGUAUCAAAGAAGUUUGAAAGGCUUGAAUCUGAGGAGGAUUCUGUUGGCUGGGGAACACCAGACUUUAGUACAGAAGCAGGCCUUGGUAGACAUUGUCUGACUUCUAUUUAUAGACCAUUUGUGGACAAAGCACUGAAGCAGAUGGGGUUGAGAAAGUUAAUUUUAAGACUUCACAAGCUAAUGGACGGUUCCCUGCAAAGGGCACGUAUAGCAUUGGUAAAGAGUGAUCGUCCAGUGGAGUUUUCAGAAUUUCCAGAUCCCAUGUGGGGUUCAGACUAUGUGCAGUUGUCAAGUUCACCACCUUCCUCUGAGCAAAAAUGCAGCACUGUAUCAUGGGAAGAGCUCAGAUCUAUGGAUUUACCAUCGUUUGAACCCGCCUUCUUGGUCCUCUGUCGAGUCCUUCUUAAUGUUAUACAUGAGUGUCUGAAAUUAAGAUUGGAACAGAGACCUGCUGGGGAACCAUCUCUGUUGAGUAUUAAGCAGGGAAUCCUACCCUGCCCGUCAUCUGAGGGCCUGACACCACAGAAGGAUGCGGGGCCUGAAGCCUCUGCCCACAGCUUGCUGAAAUCCAUCUCCCAUGGAGCUGGUGUGCCAUCCAAAAAGGCAGUUACUGCCAGUUAAUGAAGUGAUGAUCGCAUCAUUGUUACUUUUCUAUAAUUCUGUAUACAUCUUGAUUGUUGCCAAAAGAAAGCUGACCAAGACAAAGGAUGGAAAAUUAAGCUGCCAUGUUGUGAGCUGCCCAAUGGGAAGACCCACAUGGCAAGGAACCUGCGGUGGUCUCUGGCCAACAGCCAGUGAGAAACCGAGGUCCUCAAUCCAACAACCCACGGGGAACUGAAUCCCACCAACAGCCAAGUGAGUGAGCUUGAAAACAGAUCCUUCCCUAGCCAAGCCUUGAGAUGACUGCAACCUGUGAGACCCUGAUGCAGAAGACCCAGCUAAGUCAUGCACAGAUUCCUCACCUACAGGAAUAAAUGUUUUAAACCACUAAGUUUUGGGGCAAUUUAUUACACAGCAAUACAUAACUAAUACAGGCAGGGACGGCAAUAUGGACUUUUACCCACCGAGGCCAAUCUGGCUAUACCCACUGCUGAAUUCUCAACCUACCAACAGCAGGGGUCAACACUGAGCCCCAACCAUAGAACUGUUUCCUGGUGGCAGCUGAUUACUUUGGACCUAUUCUGUUCUGCAGGAGGCAACGAUUUGUCUUCACUGAAAUAGAUACUCUAUGUACUUGCCUUUCCUGCCCAUAAUGUUUCUCCCAGGUCUUGUUUCCCUGCUUGCAAGGGCAGCACAGGCCUUUAGUUCACAGUGACUUGGUAGAAAUCCCAGCUCUGCCUGGAUGAUAUCCUUGGGCCAGGCCUGUUCUUCUAAGGGUCUGUUUCCUGCAUGUCUGACAGGGACUUUGUGAAAUACCUCACAUGGAGCACGACACCCAGGAGGUCCACAAGGGAAUGCUCCCUUCCCUUUCCUUGAAUAUGAGUGCCCCAAGGGCAAGGAUCCUGUCUCUACCUCCCAAACCCUCCUUUCCCAUCACUACAAUUUCAGGAUUUCUGGAAAGCAUGGUUUGUUUCUGCCCCUUCAGACCCCAUGGACCCUGGACCUUAGACUCCACUCCUAUGAGAUCACACCCUGUGCCAAUGAACUUUAUGCAAUUGAAAGGAAACCGAGUUCACAUACAGUGUAAGCCCUCAACUGAUGCACCUGUAUCCUCUUUCUGAGCCCACACUGUGCAUGGCCCUGGCCUGGAACUGGGGACAGACAGGACUCCGCCUAAACCUUGCCUUCCCUCUAGGAGCUCCCAUAAUGGGGACCUUGGGAGUGGGAGGAGAAACAGAUCCAUUAACCCUAGGGUGUUUCCGUGAAGGCACCGAGGAGGGGGAGAAGAGGAGGUCACUUGGACCUGAGGGAGAGGGUUGGCUAGUCUUUAGUAGAAGUGAUACCUCUAACCAUUCCCUUGUCACCUGCAGACCGUGGAGCCAUCAUGAGGAAUGUGGAAGCCUCAGGGAGAACACAGCAGCAAGGCAGUGUCUAUACAACAGAAAAUUACAUUGCAGCAGAGAUAUCCUCUGCUCCCUCAAUCUUUAUUCUCCCCAUCCCCCACUCAUCCGGAGCACCCCUGAACCAGUCAUUCAUUUCUUCCUUUCCAGAGCCAUGCAUGUGGAAGUGGGGCAGAUGUGAUACUAGAGAAAGCUCUGUGUAAGAGGUGAGACUUGAUCUGGGUCUUGCAGGAUGGAGGUAGAGCCUUUCCUCCAAAGCUCAGGGGCUGCAGAUCCACUGAGAAGGGGGCAGAAAGUGUGUGAGAGGGCUGGGGCAGGGAAGUGCCAAGAUGGAAAAGAUUAUCUGAAAACUGUUGAGGGAUGAACCUGUAUUCUGGAGGACCCCCACCCAAGACCUAGCAAUUCUCUAGCCUGGAAGUUGCUGCAGGUUGUGGGCACCAUCUCUCCUUCCCCUCCCUGGCCACUUCUUCCCAUAGUUAGCUGUCUUGGGUAGGGAGUAAUCAUGAUGUGCUGGGGCAGAGUCCCCUCCUGCCUGUCCCAGCUCUCAGGUCUGUUUCUUCUGAUGUCCUUUCCUCCAACCCCCUUUUCAUGAUCAGUUCCAGAUAGGUGGACAGACUGAAGGCCCAGCUUUUUGCCUGGACUGAGGCCUGGGGUUACACUGGGCCCAGGAUAAGGUUGCCCAUUGGUCCCUGCCUACCUUCCUUGUACAGCUCAGUGCUCCCUGACUAGGCCAAACCUUCCCACCAAUUAAAGCUUUUUCAUCUAUCAUUAGGUCUCCUGCAACUGGAAAUUUGGGAAGGGAGAAGCAGAGCAGAAUUAAUCCACUGAUGAUUAGGAAGGGCAGAAUAGAUAAGUGUGCUUAGCUCCAGGGGGUAGCCCUUUGGCAGGAAGGAAAGCCCUUGAAGAACCAGGCAAGAUAGGAAGCUGGCUGGCCUAGCAGAGCUUCAAUGCUCUUGCUUCCUCCUCUAUCCCCCUAUCAUAGCCAGACUCAGAACACAGAACAUUCAGGACCACAAAGAGUGGUUUCUUAGCCUUUGGAGGGUCAAGGAUCCCUUUGUGAAAUAUGAGGUAAGCUGGUUAGCCUUCUUGCCAGAAAAAAAACGGAUAAUUGCAAAUUCCCAUGAAGACAACUAUACAACUUCAGGUGAUGGGCCCUGAUUUGACAAUGCUCAUUUUAAAGACAUUGGGGGCCCAUAACAGAAAUAAUCUGUCCAUGCACUAGUAUCUACAUUUAAAAGUACUCACAGCUUGAAACAAUUAUGCUAAGUGAAAGAAACCAGUCACAAAGAACCACAUGACAUGACCCCAUUUUAAUGAAAUGUCCAGAAUAGGCAAAUCCAUUGAGACAGUAGUAGAGUAGUGGUUGCCUAGGGCUGGAGGGAUGGCAGAAUUGGGAGGUGACACUUAAGGGGUGCCCCUCUGUGGAAUGACAAGAAUGUUCUAAAAUUGUGUGGUAUGAUUGUUGCACCUUUGUGAAUAUACUAAAAACCACUGAAUUCUAUGCUUUAAGGUGAAUUGUAUGGUACAUGAAUAACGUCUUAAUAAAGUUAAAAUAAAAGUGACCUCCAGGAUUGCAAAUCACCACAUCUGGGCUUUUACUCACCAUCCAGCAGAGGCAGAAAGAACUCUUUAGGGAGAAAAAUCAGGGAAGGCUACUUGAAUGUGGCAUACAGGUUGGACAGGAAAGCAAUCCUAGAAAGAAUGAGAUUCUAUGUGUGUGUGUCACAUAUCUUGAUCUUAAGGGCAGUAAAGCAUCAUGGAAGGUUUUAAGCAGGAGUGACAUGAUCAGAUCUGCAUUUUAAAAACAUUCCUCUGAAUCAAUGAAUUGUACAUUUAAAACAGGUUAAGACUAUGGUAUGUAAAUUAUACUUUGACAAAGCUGUGGAAAAAAUCCCUCUGGCAACUUGAAGACAGAUUGGAGGGGAUAAAGGUGUAAGACAGUUGCAGGAGUUUAGGUAAACGGUGUCAAGACCCAUCUGUUGGAAGAUGGAGAAAACUGUCUUCGGAGUGGGGGACAAUAAGGGAUGUCCUAAGGUUAAAGAGAACCUGGUGGAACUCAGUGUCAGAACCCAGAACACCCUGGCUUCAGCCCUUGUGCUCCUGCAGCACUGAAAGGUGAUGAAGGAACUGUUCUCCCCCUUCUAAGAGAAAUGCACUUCAGAAACAUGUUUCAAAAAAAUGUUGCUAAGGGUUUUAUUUCUAACAGGAGGAAAAUAAUAAAAUAAAAUUAAAAUAGGCUUCAGUUGGAACCAAGUUUCUUGCUUUUUUCUUUUGAACAAAUUAAU